AUGGACAACAUGGUACAUAGAGAAUCAUCAAAGCUUAGUUCUUCUGAGGAGAAACUUGCAGAAGCAACAGCUUUGCGGAAUUGUAGUUAUACCAUUGCUCCUAUGGAGCCGCGGAAGUCCAGGCGUCUUAAAGUUGCAGCGGUGAGUGAGACAUCGGUUUCCUUGCGGCUCAGACUGAGAACAAAUCAGAAGGAGGUCCAUGUUGAGAGUUGCGAGAACAUGAAUGUUUCUGAUGGUUUUGUUCCAUCUUCUGAAGCUGAGGUUGUGGGAGAGCGAGACCACUUGAAAUCUGUUGAUGAGAAGCUUUGUAAUGACAUGGAUGUCGGAGGAACCGAAGGAGAUGAAUCUCAUCGAGAUAACAUGCAAAAACUGAAGAAAGAUAUGAAUCUGCCAAAGAACACAAGUGACCAAAAUAUGGCUGAUGUGGUGGAGGUUCAGCCUCUGAGCUAUUGCUUGCCAGAAGAAGUUGGAAAUUCUGUUUGCAGGCGACGCAUGGUUGGGACAAGGCAGCUUCGCGGAAGAAAGAUUCCUAUAGUAAGAGACUUUCCUCCAAAUAUCCGGAGCAAUUUUUCAAGGACUGAAAAGACCGUGAAGGUUGCUAUAUCGAAGAAAAAUAAAAACUUGGUUCUUGAAAAAUCAGAUUCUAGAGACCAUUUGGAUCAAUCUCUUACUAAAAACAUAUCACUAGAGGGUUUGGAACCAUUGGAACUUGAGAAGUCAAAGGUUACAUUUCAAAAACCAAUUGAGGUUGCAAGUAGAAGAAUUACGAGGAAAGGGCUUGCAGUGCCUUCACCCUUGAAGCUUUCCAAGAAUAUGAAUGGAGAGUAUGGUGAAGGAUCUAGGAUGAAGAAUAGUGGGAAGGAUAUCCAAGAUAAAGAGAGCUUCGCUCCUUUGUGUCCUAGUGGUUCAAGCUCCGGGUAUAGUGCUCGGUACAAAGUUAAGGAAACUCUAUGUCUUUUCUAUGCUGCUCGUAGAAAAAUUUUGGGGGAGGUAGAAGCAAGGCCUAGGGAAAAAAAAGGUAGCAAAUUCAGAGUGGAUUAUGAGGCUUUGCAGCUUCUCAAGAGUAAAGGUCAAUGUCUUAACAAUGGUGAUCCGGUUAUAGGACAUGUGCCUGGUGUUGUGGUUGGCGAUGAAUUUCAAUAUAGAAUGGAGCUGAACAUUCUUGGUAUUCAUAGACCAAAUCAAGGCGGUAUUGAUUAUAUAAAAGAGAACGAAGAACUAGUUGCUACAAGUAUUGUAUCGUCUGGAUGUUAUGAUGACGAGGUUGAUAACUUGGAUUUCGUGAUCUACACGGGUCAAGGCGGAAAUGCGAUGAAAGGACAGAAAAAGGGACAGCAAAACCUUAAACCCAAAGACCAACAGCUUGUAACGGGAAAUCUCGCCUUGGUAAACAGUAAAGCCAAGAAGAACCCCGUGCGAGUCAUACGAGGCAACAAAAAGACGCCUUCAUCAGGUGAUGAAAAAAAUUAUGUUUACGAUGGAUUGUAUCUGGUGGAAGAGUACUGGAAAGAAACCGGGUCUCAUGGUAAGCACGUCUACAAGUUCAGACUGCGGCGUAUGCCUGGACAACCCGAGCUUUUCUCGAAAGUGGUGAAGAAAUCAAAGCAAUCUAAGUUACGAGCUGGUCGUUGCAAUGUUGAUCUCUCAGGAGAGAAAGAGAGGUUUCCCAUAUACGCUGUGAAUGAUUUAGACGACGAGAAACUACCGCCGUUUAUCUACACGGUUGAAAUGAUAUAUCCGGAUUGGUGCCGCCCAAUUCCUCCAAGGGGCUGCGGUUGCACAAAACGCUGCUCUGAAUCAAAAAACUGUGCAUGCGUUGCAAAAAACGGUGGAGAGUUACCAUACAAUCACAACGGAGCCAUUGUUAAUGCAAAGCCUGUGGUGUAUGAGUGUGGCCCACUCUGCAAAUGCCCGCCUUCUUGCUACCUCCGAGCCACACAACAAGGGCUUAAGUUCCAGUUAGAGAUCUUCAAAACCGAGUCAAGAGGCUGGGGAGUGAGAUCGAUAAACUCGAUUCCUUCCGGAAGCUUCAUUUGUGAGUAUGCAGGAGAGCUUCUAGAGGACAAAGAAGCUGAAAGACUGACUGGGGAAGACGAGUAUCUAUUUGACAUUGACAAGGAGGAUGAGAUGAGCGGGUUCGUCAUAGACGCUGCAAAGAAAGGGAACAUAGGGAGGUUUAUAAACCAUAGCUGCUCGCCAAAUCUGUACGCACAAGAAGUAUUGUACGACCAUGAGGAAAAGAGAAUCCCUCACAUUAUGUUCUUUGCAGGUGACAAUAUACCUCCACUUGAAGAACUCUCGUACGAUUACAAUUAUAAGAUCGAUCAGAAAGCAAGGAAAGCAGGUGUACAUGAGGUUGUGAAAGUGGAAGAGAGAAUCAAGAGAGUGGUGAUGGCUUCAAACAGAGCAGCCAGUGUCGCUAGAGUUGCAGCCGUGAAGGCUGGCCAAUCACAAACCUUGCGCAGUAGUGGCGGCGAUCUUGGAACCGAAUGUUGA